AUGUCUGGAAGACGCGACUUUUUGAGCCAGCCGGCUCCCGAGAACUACGUUGCCGGUCUUGGUCGAGGCGCCACCGGCUUUACGACGCGAUCCGAUUUGGGCCCUGCGCGUGAAGGACCAACAGAAGAUCAAAUCAAGGAGGCUGUCGCAAAGCGGGCAGCGCAGCUUGGACUUGGAACCGACGGCAAAAAGGCGGACGACAACGAAAACGACGAUGACGACCGAUUCAAAGAUCCCGACAACGAGGUUGGCCUGUUCGCUGGUGGCGUAUACGACAAGGACGACGAGGAGGCCGAUAGGAUAUGGAAGGAGGUAGACGAGAAGAUGGCAAGGAGGCGACAAAAACAACGAGAAGCGCGCGAAAAGGCCGAGCAGGAGGAAUAUGAGCGGAAGAACCCCAAGAUCCAGCAGCAGUUUGCAGACCUCAAGAGAGCGCUUUCGACAGUCACGGACGACGAAUGGGCAAACCUCCCCGAGGUUGGAGAUCUGACAGGAAAGAAUCGCAGGAGCAAGCAGAACUUGCGCCAGAGAUUCUAUGCCGUUCCCGACAGCGUUCUUGCUGCCGCAAGAGACUCGUCCGAACUGGGCACCACCGUUGCAGAGGAUGGCGCUUCAUCAAGCGCAGACGCAACAGACGGUACGAUGACAAAUUUCGCAAAGAUCGGUGCUGCGAGAGACAAAGUUCUCAAGUCAAGACUUGAACAAGCGUCCCAGGACGGUACUGAGUCGGUCGCUGGCAGCGCGUCGACAAUAGAUCCCAAGGGCUAUAUCACCAGCUUGAACAAGAGUGUCCUGAAUGAGUCGCAAGCUCAAGUUGGGGACAUCAACCGUGUCCGCGAGCUCUUGACCUCUGUCAUCAAAACCAAUCCGAACAAUGCGCCAGGUUGGAUCGCGGCCGCGCGGCUGGAGGAGCUGGCAGGCAAGACAGUUGCUGCGCGCAAUGUAAUUGCGCGGGGAUGUACCCACUGCCCCAAGAGCGAGGACGUCUGGUUAGAGAACAUCCGGCUUAACGAGGGCAAGAACGCCAAGAUCAUUGCUGCGGAAGCCAUCAAGAAAAACGACCGGUCAGUGCGUCUCUGGGUCGAGGCGAUGAGACUGGAGAACGAACCCAGAGCGAAAAAGAGAGUCAUCAGACUCGCCCUAGACCACAUUCCCGAAUCCGAGGCUCUCUGGAAAGAAGCGGUCAACCUGGAAGAAGAUCCGGAAGAUGCUCGGCUGCUGCUGGCCAAAGCAACAGAGCUUAUACCCCUAUCCGUUGAUCUGUGGUUGGCAUUGGCAAGACUGGAAAGUCCCGAAAACGCCCAAAAGGUACUCAACAGGGCCCGCAAAGCGGUUCCCACCUCUCACGAGAUUUGGAUCGCUGCCGCUCGUCUGCAGGAGCAGCUGGGCGAGGGCACCAAGGUGAACGUCAUGAAACGUGCCGUCGCGGUUCUCGUCAAGGAAUCUGCCAUGCCUAAGCGCGAGGAGUGGAUUGGCGAAGCCGAGAAGUGCGAGGAGGAGGGCGCUGUCAUUACCUGCGGAAACAUCAUCAGAGAGACCUUGGGCUACGGUCUGGACGAGGAUGACGACCGCAAAGACACCUGGAUGGAGGAUGCAAGAAGUAGCAUCAACCGCGGCAUGUACGAGACUGCGCGGGCUAUUUACUCCUACGCGCUACGUAUUUUCGUCAACAGCAGGACAUUAUGGAUGGCCGCCGCCGACCUGGAGAGAAACCACGGAACGAAGGAGUCUCUUGCUCAGGUCUUGGAGAAGGCUGUCGAAGCAUGCCCCAAGAGCGAGGUAUUGUGGAUGAUGCUGGCCAAGGAGAAGUGGCAAGCUGGCGAAGUCGACAAUGCCAGGCUGGUGCUUGCCAGAGCCUUCAAGUCAAAUCCGGACAACGAAGACAUUUGGCUCGCCGCCGUCAAGCUCGAAGCUGAGAAUGGGGAAACCGAGCGCGCACGAAAGCUACUGGAGGAAGCGCGGGACCAGGCCCCCACAGACCGCGUGUGGAUGAAGAGCGUGGUGUUCGAGAGAGUGCUGGGCAACAGCGACGCAGCGUUGGACCUCGUUCAACGGGCUCUGCAGUACUUCCCGGCCACGGCUAAGUUGUGGAUGCUCAAGGGACAAAUCUACGAAGACCUUGAUAAGGUCGGUCAGGCGCGGGAGGCGUACAGCACAGGCGUUAAGGCGGUACCCAAAUCGGUCCCCCUGUGGCUCCUUUACUCCCGCCUGGAAGAGAAGGCCGGACUGGUUGUCAAGGCUCGGAGCGUUCUUGACCGAGCCCGAUUGGCCGUUCCCAAGUCGCCAGAGCUAUGGUGCGAGUCUGUCCGCAUCGAGCGACGUGCGGGAAACAUCAAUCAGGCCAAGUCGCUCAUGGCCAAGGCACUUCAAGAAGUACCGAAGAGUGGUAUCCUUUGGAGUGAGCAGAUCUGGCACCUGGAGCCACGCACGCAGCGGAAGCCACGGUCACUGGAGGCCAUCAAGAAGGUGGAUAACGACCCGAUCCUUUUUGUGGCCGUGGCCCGUAUCUUCUGGGGUGAACGCAAGCUCGAGAAGGCUCAGAAUUGGUUCGAAAAGGCGCUGGUGCUGGACAGCGACAACGGCGACACCUGGGCUUGGUAUUACAAGUUCCUGCUCCAGCACGGCACAGACGAGAAACGAGCGGACGUCAUUAACAAGUGCGUCUUGAACGAGCCUCGACACGGGGAAUACUGGCAGGCGAUCGCCAAGCAGCCUGCCAAUGCUCGGAAAGGCACCGAAGAAAUUCUUAAGAUGGUGGCAGAAAGGUUAGAGAAAUGA